AUGGAAACCGGUCUUUCACCUGUCUGCGACUCCAGGCAAUGCCCGGUCCCAUUGUACCUCGGAGCCAGGAGCCAAUCAUUCCCUCGGCGAGAACCUUGCGUUCUUGUUACAGAUCAAGGCAAUGACUUGAUUGAGCGGCGUACCUGUUAUAGCGAACACGUACCCCGUGCUCCACCACCAUCACCUACUAAGCUCACUCCAUUGACCUGUGCCGAACUUAACGAAGCUUGUCCAUCCGCCUCUUGCGCUCUGCUUCUCGUCGACCGAAAGAUCGAGGCACACCGGGCAAGGCUGUCACCAACAGAGCACAGAAAACCCCCAGGCUGGUACUCUCACGCCCUUAUGAGUGAUAGCGUUUCCAGGAUGAAGCUCGAGACUUCCGAUGAACAGAUGCACAGAAUGACUCCACUGCAACAGAUCUCAUCGGCAUCUGACGAUGAUGAUACAACAGUGACGAACUCGAGCUGUCCCUCGUCAAGAAGCAGCGGCACUAAUACUCUUGUGAAUGACCUUCCAGGCGACAGAGAAGUCGCUCCCCAUUCCACAGCCAUCGGCGUCCACUAUCAGCGCAAAAUAGCAACCUGUCCGCAGUUGGCUACCCAGCCUCCCUCUCCAAAGUCACCCACCUUCAGUCUUUUCAAUCUACGAUCUUCAAGGACUGCUAUGGCAGACGCGCCAAGCAGGUUACGUUCCCCUUCACAAAGUAGCGAUUCCUUAGGACCUCGACCCACUGUCACCGGCAGCCAAAUUUCUUCGCUAACACCGAUUGGCUCAAGCGCCAUUCCGGACAUAGCAGGACUACCGCUGGUGUACGAGCAAAGCAAGACGAAGUCUUGGCCAGGCUCAUGCAGCUCGCUUCCAGGACCGGACAUUGUCAGCAUGCCCAAGUUUACAACGAGGCCAAAAUCGCGCGACUGCGACUUCGCUUAUGCUUACUGUAGAGAACGCAAGGCAGAACGUGAUGGUGUGAUACCCAGCUGCCGGAAGUGCCUCUCGAGAAGCGAGACUUGCUCUUUCAACAAAUACUGUACAAGUCUGCAACCUUUAGAAGAGCACGCGAGAGGAAAAGAAACGAUGGACGAGCAAGAGGCGGCGACAAUGGAAGAGGAGCAUUCUCAUUUUUCUGAUUACAGCACGGACGAGGAUGAUGACGGCGAGAAGAUACCAUCGAACGCUCGGCUCUUCAAUUCCCUAGGCAGGCUACACUCAAGGUCGAAACCCAGGUUGUCCUGGGGCAAUUUGUUCUCUAGGUCUUGA